UAUAUAUAGUAAAAUACUAAUAUACCAUGGAUAAAAAUGGGUCAAAUCCAAGGUAUAUCAAUAUACCAUGGAUUUUAUCCAUUUUUAGCUAUGGUAUAUACAGUAAAAUCUCUAUAAAUUAAUACUCGAUAAAUUAAUAAUCUCUAUAAAUUAAUAAACUUUGUCGGUCCCAACUUGGACCAGUGUAAAAUUUGUCAAAAAUCGAUAAAAUAAUAAGAUAAUAAUACUUUUAAAAUUCCCAUGUAAAUAUAUGGUCCCAAAAAUAUCAUAAAUUGAUAAAUACUAUAUAAGAACUUAUGCAUAUAUCUAAGAUAGUCUACUAAAAUAUGAGUCUAUUGUCUUCUGUUUCUUCUUAAAAUUAAAAUCCUUUUGGAGCUAAUCUCUGAUUUUUCUUAUUGCAUCAAGAACUCCUGGUGUUGUCUUCUCGAACUGCAUCCAAAAGUUGUGACGAGUUUUAGACGCGACAAUUGCUUCCUUACGUGUAACUGUUUCCAAAGGUAUUGCAGCAUCAUCUUUUGGUUCAUCAUCAUCAACAUUAAGAACACUACCCACAAUUUCUUCUAAACUUUGAGAUUUUAAGCAUGUAUCAUUUUCACCGGGAUAAUCGAGUAGACUCUUAACAUCCAUUCUAUUGAGAUAGCCAAGAUUAUGAAUCACAACCUGAAGUUCAUGAAUGUCGUUUUCACUAGUGAACUGCUCUUCUAAAAUUAUUGGUAUGUCAUCUUCUGAACAGAAUUUGUAGUGUCAAAAGCAAUUCGCUAUUGUCUCUUGAUGAACAUUGACCGUCCAAGCUGCCACAUAAAUAUUUAUAGCAUCCAAAACAUUAAUCUUAGCUGGAUCUGACUGUCCCAACUCAUAACCUUCUAAAAUUUCAUGGUAAAGUGUCUUCUAUGGUAAUGCAUCUUAAAAGCUCUUAUUAUUCAAGCAUCGCAAGGUUGAAUUUUUGAUGUCAUAUUGGGUGGCUAGAAGAACAACUCAACAUUUUGUAGUCCUUCAAUAUUUUUUGGAUGUGCUGGACAGUUAUCAACCACAAACAAAACUCUUCUACUGUGCAUUUUCUUAUCAAACCAGCGGAUGUACUCUUCAAAAAUAACACUUGUUAUCUAAUAUCUUUUGUUCGCACGGUAGUGACAAUUCAUGUUGUUCAUAUUGAUAUUCUUGAAACAACGUGGUUUUGCAUAUUUUCCAAUAAUCCAUAGAGGAAUUUUUUCAGAACCAUCCUCAUUACAGUAUAUAACAACUGUUAGUCUUUCUUUGUCUUGCUUUUUUCCUUCAAGUUGUUUUGUAGCAAGAGAAUGAUCAGCUUGUAACCUGUAAAACAAACCAGUUUCAUCCAUAUUAUGAACAUCCCUUUUGGAUAACUUAUCUAUUUUUUGCCUAAUAACCUCCAAUGUCUUCUCCAUGUCUUCUAUAUUAACUGAACCACUUUCUCCAAGACGAUGAAACGAUUUGAUACCAUGUCGUAACUUUAACUUUUCAAGCCAACCCAGAGAAAGAUGAUGCUCAGAUUCUGGUAGAGGGUAUACAAGUUUCAGUGUCUCUCUUGCCUUUUCUAAAAUUAGCUCGCCAGUCAUAUUCACACGAUCUUGAUAUUGAAGAAACCACUCAAAAACAACUUUUUCCAUAUCCGGAAAUUUUGCUGGUUUGUGCCGCUUGAUAUCUCUUCCUACUUCUAGGAUGGUUGAAAGAUACUCAGAUGAUAACUUGAGUGUAUUUGAAAUUGUACCUUGACUAAUUUUUAGAAGAAACUUCUCUUCAAGCCACAGUUGGAGAUCUUUUUGAGUACAUGAAGUAUGAUCUCUUAUACUCUCAUAAUUAUCUGCGUAUUUUAGCUGUCAUCGCUGAUUUUGGAAUAUUUUUAAGAUGAGAAGACUUUGUUGAAAGCUUACCAAAGAAGAAUAAAAGUGAUCUUUUGUUUGAUGCUUGUCAAUUUACGUGACAUAUAGAAUAGUAUAUAUAAUAAUUCUCUUAAAGCAACAAAAAAUAAAUUUAAAUGAGAAAAAAUGAACAUUAUGUAAAACAUGAAAAUAUGUAAAUGUAAAGAAGACAAUUUUAAAUAAAAGGAAAACAUAGAAGAAUACACAUUUACAUAAAACUUCUUAUUCAAAUAAAAGGAAUAUUUGGAAAUUUGUUAAACUUUACUAUAUAUCUAUAAAUUAACAUCUCUAUAAAUUAAUAAAAUUUUACUAUAAUUUCAAAGUCCCAACAUUAUUAAUUUAUAGAGGUUCUCUUGUAGGUGUUUUAGGAACUAUUUAUUAUGUUUUGAAGGUUUUUAGCACAUUUACAGGUUCAUGAGUGUUUUGGAGAAAAGUGAUGACUUGUGUGCAUUUUAAAGAUAAAAUAAGAGGAAACUCGUAGCUCACUAUCGAACCUGUCUAAAGGCUGACGAUUAGGGACAAACAUCGAUCGAUGCACACCCUAUGCCGUCAAUCGAUAGCAAAGCGCGCAAAACUCAUCUAGGUUUCCAGCUGACUUAAAUCCCAAGUCGCGACAUAUUUACAAAAAUACCCCUGGCUGAUUUUUAACCUAAUAUUUAUGUGCUAUGCCAUUGUUUUAGGCAACACACGCUUUCUUAUUUUCUACUUUUCACAGCAAACAACACUUAGAGUUUUUAGUAGAUUUGGAGAGAAGAUCCAAGACUACUUCAGAGAUUUGUAUUAGAACUCCAGUAUCUCUAACAUUAAUCGAUUUAUGCAUUGUAUUCGGUUUAUGCUUAUAUUUAAUGAUUUUGGAUUAAGCGAUCAGUCUUGACAUGUAUUUUGGAUCCGUAUUAGACAGUUAUAUGUGCUAGAUAUAUGCUUUCCCUCAAAUUUCAUAUUUAAUAAUUUUGGAUUAAACGAUCAGUAUUGACAUGUAUUUUGGGUCCAUUGGGCAGUUAUAGGAUAUGAAUAUCAAUUUUUUUUUAAAAAGUUUACUAAUAACUUUAAAAUAAAAUUUAUCUUCAUUGUAAAUUAUAUAUAUAUAUAUAUAUAUAACUAAAAAUAUUAAAAAUAUUAAAAAAAAUUAUAAGGCGCGUGCUAUGCACGGGAGUAAUACUAGUAUAUAUAUAUAUUGUGAUAAAUGGUUGUCAUUCCAUAACUGAAAAUCAAAUAAAUGCAUGCGUUGAUGAGAAGAAAAUAAUUUAGUCAUAUUCUUAAAUAUACUAGGAGCAUAGACUCCGCGCAAGCGCGGACCCGAGUACGUUAUUGACAUGUAAUGUGAUGUUUAAGAAAAGGUGCAAACAGUAAACAUGACAUGUAAAAUUAGACAACCUACCAUGGUUCUCUAUGGUGUUAUCUUCGAAUAGUAGUACUCUUAUUGUCUUCAUAUGAGAAGAUAAUGGACUGUAAAAGAUGUUUCUCUUAUUUGUUGGAAUAGAAUCAAUGGGUAACACUUGAAGACUGCAUUUCAUUACAUUUACUUCUCUCUGUCUACAGUGUGCAACAAAUCUCUCUUGGAACAAUAAUAAUUGGCAUAUUUUUAUCAAACUAUAACCAGCAUAAGCUUCUUGAGAAAGACUCUACCCCUUUCUCCUUUGUUAGUAAUGUAGAAGUUCCCUUGUGAACAAACCGGGCAUGCUUCUCGAGAUUCUUAGAAGAAUGUUUCCAUGUGUCUGUGCUGGAAUGGAGUCAUGCCAGUACCCAACUAUCUCAAUAUUCUCAAUGUUUGCUAAAACACAAUAUUAGUAAAAUAAUACCAUUAGCCAUACUUUAUCUCUCAUAUUCUAAACAUGUUUUAUUUUGCAUACUAAAAAGAAAAGCAUAAAGAUGUAGUCAUUUCUGUUACAAAGCAAGAAUUAUUAUAAAAUAUGUAUAUUAUGUUAUUGUUUACAUCCUUGAAACGACGAAAUGCAUAAAUAUUAUUUAAACUCAUGCACUAUUAUUAUAUUUUUUCUAUAUAUUAUAUUUAACACACUAUUUGUAGAUCUUUACUGAUUAUUUCAAUAUUAGGAAAUGGAAAGAAGAAGUUAUAUCUAUCUCUUCUUCCAGGCGAGGACAAAGCCCAACGGUUUGUCAUGAUCUCUUCCGAACCAAAUCCCAUCAGGUCUAGCUGCCCGUUGACGUAUUUGAUUACAUCUAGGACCAGCAGCAGAUCCAUACCAUAAAACACAAUCAUACUUUGUUCUUUCUCUUCUAGUACAAACAUCGGCGAAUUCUCAAGUUCUAUUAACAUUAAAAGUUUACAAAAUGUCUUGCCAAUUGAUAUCAAUCAAAUUACCAUAAAGAGUGAUUUAUACUCUCUCAAAUAAGAGGUCGAGUUGUAGUACUUAGGGAUCGAAUUCAGAAGAAGCUAGGGAUAGUAAUGGAUCUAAUAUGAUUUGUUAAGUAGGAAGUUUUUGAGAUUAUAAAAUGUAAAUUUGCAGUUUUGGUUGAGCAAGUAAUUGAGGUAAAGAGUUGAGAAAAAGGACUCGUGUUUUAUCAGACUUCGGAAAAAAACAGCUGAGACGGUGAGGUUGAAGAAGGGUUUGGUUUGAGUAAAACAUAAAAUGGCAAAGUUUAGUUUUCACUGGGCCAUAUAACCAAAACUUUCUUUAAUUUAAAAACUUUGCCAAUGGGCUUAUAACUAAUUUGGACUUGUUUAUGAGAUUCGUACCAAAAUCUUGUACCGAAAUGCAAUCAUAUAUAAUAACCAAAACAAUCGCGGAUUUGAAUAUGGGACCCACAAAAAAAUACUGUCGACGUGGCACGCUUAGGGGGAGAGAAACUGAACUAUUAUAUUAUAGAUUUAAUCAUAUCUAGAAUAUAAACCUUUCAGCUUCAUUUACAAAGAUUCCUUAUAUUCCAUUAUAUUAACAACUAAAUUUAAAUUAUUACAGAUAGUUUAAAGUUUGUGAUGAUAUCCACAUAUUACAUAUACAUAUUAUUGAGCUCCGGAAUCAAUGUUAGGUGAGGCUGUCCAAAAUUUCAAAUGAAUUGGUUGGUGGGUGUUUCGUUUGAUCAUUGUACCUUGUUUGAUCAUUGUACCUUGUUGAUUUGUUUGAUUUGUUUUCUACACUAGAAAGACAAUGACUAUUUGUUUGCCCCAUUCACAGAUCUUUUUGUUAUGUCUAGGGGGAGCCUCUUGCUCCCAAUCCACUAUCAAUCAUCAAGAAUAAGCCUUCAGCGUGGUUACACUUCACUAAGAUUAUUCUUUGUGUUUAGAGAUUAUAAAGAAGAUAUACAAGUGAAUACAAGAUAUAUGAUUCCCUAAGAGCUCUCUGGUGAUCUCCAAUUCCACGCGACAAGGGAAUGAUCUCUUCUUCUUCGGUAAUCUGUUUCUUCUCUCUUGCUUUUCUGUUUUCUGUUGUAACAAAAUGUAACUAACUCGGGUGUUUCUUGUUGCAGGUUUAUAUUGAAGAUGAUGGCCCAAUCUCAACACAUCUUUGGCCCAACAACUUCUGAGACCCAUCAGAGCUAUAACCAAUCUUGGAUAGUGGACAGCCUGAUAGAGACGGCCCAUGAGAGUGAAAAACACAAGCCCAACAACAGUGGUAAACCGAAGACUCCAACAGUGGUAAACCUUCAUUACUUGAACCAAAAGUAACUCCACUUAAAACCGAAGACUCUGAUGCAAUAUCAAAUUGUAGAAGCCUCUGAAUCAUUCUGACAACCUGGAGGACCCUUAAUAAGAACCGGAUUGAAAGACACUCUCUUUCAUUUACCUUUCUCGGCCUUUUUAUUCCUAAUAUGUUAUGAUUCAACACUUUCAGUCUCGGAUUCCUUUUAUUUAAUGAGUCUUUGAAUACUUCUUCCAUGUGAAAUAUAACGUUUUUACUUAUCACACAUUUACCUUCCUCUGGUAGCCAAACCCUGAGUCAUGUAGUUCCUUGAUGAUAACCGACGAAGUAACCUUUCGUAGCUCUAGUACUGGUCUUAGACAUACCCGUAUGAACAUAGGCAGACCACCUGAAUCUUCUUAGAUGCGAUAAGCUUGGUUUGAAUCCACUCCAUAACUCUUCUAGAAUUCUGAAUUCAAUAGUUGAAGUAGGAGACAUAUUAAUGAGAUAAACUGUUGUAGAAGCCGCUUCAGCCCUAAAUAUUUCUUCCAUUCACUCUCUACAAGCAUGCAUCUAACCAUUUCCAUAAUGGUUAUGUUCACUAUUUCCAAAACCCCGUUUUGCUGUUGUGUAUAAACACACAUCAUGUGCCUCUUAAUACCAAAUUCUUUGCAAAAAUCAUCGAACCUGAUGUUACAAUAUUCCAAUCCAUUGUUUAUUUGUAGACAUUUCCCCUUCUUGGUAAUAUGAUUUUCAACUUCCAACUUCCAUUCUUUGAACUUUGAGAACGCCUCGUCCUUAGUUCUCCAAAAUAGAUCCAUACAUUUCUUGAAUAAUCGUCGAUGAAGGUUAUGAUUUUUUUUUCUCGGUAGAGAUGUCAAUUUUUCCAAUAGACCACGGGCCGACCGAUUUAUGGCCCAUACAAGACGGGUCUGAACAGCAUAUGAGAUGUCCACAUUUAUGCGGGUCUCACGGGCAGACCUAUGUCGGUCGGGUUCAAAGCUGGUGCACCGUGUCAGGCAUGCGGGUCAGGCGGGCGACCCGUCUCUGAUGUUUAAUAUUUUUUGUUCUCGUCUUUUUCUUCGUUUCGAGAAAAAGAAAAUAUAAGCUAGCUUCCAAUCUUUGCUUCUUCUCCAUCUGUGACUAUCAAUUUUUUUUAUUAUAUUUGAAAUAUUCUUCUUCUAAAAUGAUUAUUCUCUUCUUUGUUGUUCCUGUGUGGGUCUCUUUAUGAUCUCCAAUCAUUCGAAAAUUCAGUUUCUCUCAUAUUUAAUUGUUAUUGAGGUAUGUGUGUAUCUAGUUAUGUAUAUCUAUAUUAGAAACACCUUUGAGCUUGAACAUCCUUUUAUUUAGUUAUUAAUUCUCAAGUGUUUCACUUGUUGACAAAUAGUUUAAGAAUCUCAUGAUAAGCCUAUGGUUGGAGCUUAUCCUGAUUUGAACAUAAAUGAGAGAAGGAUAGAGGAAGAGCAAAGAAGAAGAUAGAAGAGAAGUAGAGAAGUAGAGUUUUAGGGUUUAGAACCAAAUGUUUAUUGAUCGUUAUUCGAUAAGUUUCCACAAUGACUUAAACUUGAAGCAAAGGCAUAAGACAAGGGCAUGAAAUGUAAAUAAGCUAAAGAUAAAACUAGUUCGGCUUCAAUCUCCAUUAGUGGCUAGACCCAACAAGGCUCAAACUCAAUCUUGUCAUAUCACUCAUUCAUUUAUCUCUUGUACCAUUCUUUUAACGUGUAUGCAUUCUGUAAACCAGUUGGUGAGUAGCUGACGACAUCCUGUGCCUCCGGGAUGAUGCGGAUUCUCUGCAAAGUUCAAUGGCUGGAAUCCUCAAGAAGCUCAAUAAGGUUUGCGCUGUGCUCUUUGAAUCCCCUUUAGCAUUCACACUGACCAUUGAUAGAUCAGAUAAGAUCAUAUGUUACAAACAAUGAUAAAGAAAUAAUGCGGCUGGCAAAUCAUAAUGCAAUUCAGGGUGAAGAUCGAAAUUCAGUUCGUAUUGAUGGUUGGGAAAACUCAAAGAUGAAGAAAAAGCGCUCAUGUAUUAAAACAAAAUUUCAUCCUAACCUGGCGUCAAGUAAAAUGGUUGAUGGUUAACGAGAUUUGAGGCAUGGCACAAGAUAGCAGUCAUUGGGUGACUCCCAGACGAUAUUGAAUGGUUACUCAAACAUGUUAAGGUAGGACCGGCUGUAUACGAUAUCUUUUGGGUGCAGUUUAAGAUACAUUAUCCUAGGCUGAUAUUUACUAUCCUCUUUUUUUGAUUGUUGCCAUGUUCUUAUAGGCAUGUUUUCAGAAUUACACUGUUUAAAUGUAUUUAGUUAGCAUACAUUGUUUAUUAGGAAAGUAUGCAUAAACGCUAAUGUCAUGAACUUUGAUUAAUUUUUCUUCACUCUCUCAUUAGCUGCAUGAUUUUAUCUGAACUAAUAGAACUAUGUACUGCAUGGAUGAGAAACAAACUUGAUUCAGAUGAUUAUUUAGUCUAUUGAAAUAUUGCAAAUUAUGAUCAUAAUUAUUUGUACAUUGAGAAGAGAGAACGAUCCAUUGGUGCAGAUAAGGAAAGGGUCAUUGAACUCCAACUUUGAUAAACAAGCUGCAUAGUUUGCUGAUGUUAGAAACUAACUAGAAGUAUAUGAGUAUAUAUGCUGAGAGCAAUAUUGUAGCCACGUCUCAUUGUCUAUGAAGUUGCAGUCUUCCUUUUAUAUGUUUCAUAAAAAAAAAACGAUUCCAAAGGGAGUCAAUUCAAAAGGAGUUCAAGAAAAUCAGUUGUCUAAGAGGCUAUGAAGAUGAAGUAUAUAGGCAGAUGAUCUUUGUCAUUUCCCGCAGGCUGCCCGCCAAAUCUCUAAGCACAUGCGGGGCGGGUUAUGGACAAUGGUUUUGUGAUAGCAGCCCACAGCGAGCCAGCCGCAACGGGCCAGCCUGCAAUGUCUAAUUGAAUACGACGACCGCAGCGCGAUGUGCCAUUUGGACGCUGGCCGGCCCGUUUGACAUCUAUAUUUCUCGGCUAAACUAGGAACAACUUAUGGUGCUCCCCAUACACCAGAAUGUACAUACUCUAGAACCUCUUUAGACGUAUGUUUUCCCAUAUUAAAGCUUUGCUUGUGUGCUUUCCCUAACACACAUUCCUUGCAAAACUCGAGUGACCUAAUAUCUUUUCUUUCUAAGUACCGUUGCUUCACAAGUGCUUCCAUAUUUUUCAUGCUCAAAUGACACAAUCCACAAUGUCACUUCCUCGUAGGAUCAACUCUAGGCGCUGCUCUAUGAGCUUCCCCUUCUAACAUUGUGCCUUGAAGAUAAUACAAACCUUCAGUGUAGACUCAUGCAAUGACUUCCUCUCCAUCAUUGUAGAACUUCAUUGUAAAAUUGUCACCAUCAUAACUACAUCCUACAUUUUCCAAACACCUGUAUGAAAUCAAAUUUCUCUCCAUGGUUGGCAUAUACUUCACUUUGGUGAGUACAACAAUAGAUCCAUCAGGUUUUCUUAUCCUUAUUUUUCCAAGUCCUUUGAUUUCACUAUAGGUAGCAUUUCCCAUCAGGAACUUUCUACCUCCACCUUCCUGUAAGUUAAAUAGAGAUCAUUUGUACGAUAUGAUGUGAAAACUUGCUCCUGAAUCCAUAAGCAUUUUCCUCUAGUGUCUAGAGCACUCACAGUCAUAAUAAAAAGGCUCUUUGUUGACUAAAUGAAUGUUAGCUGACCUAGGAAUCGUGUUCUUUCUUUUUUCAGGUCACUCUCUCUUCCAGUGACCUUCCUUGCCACAUAUGAAACAGCCUUUCUCCGUCUUGUUGUUGCUUGAAUUUUGGAAGCUUUUACCUCUGCUUUUCGAUAUGUUCCUUGUGAAUCAAUUAUAUGUCCUUCCUUUGUUGCUAACAUAUAGGCUCUCUGCUUCACUUUAUGUUUAUGCAACAAAACCUUCUCCCUUAGCUCUGUUUCCUUGGCAUAAGCUGAGGUUAUUACCUCAUUAACCAUGAGCGUAUCUUUGCCACUUCCAAACUUCAAUGUAUGAACCAAUGGCUGGAACUUUGGUGGCAGACCUGUGAGAAUUUGAAUUGCUUGAUCUUCAUCUAAGAUGAUGAUAUUGAGAAAUGCAUCUAGAUUUUGCUCUAUUGUCUUAUGCUCGUCCAUCUUAUAACUCGGAAACCUUUGUUUGAGGUAUAUCAUAUUGGGAAGAGACUUGGUCUGAUAAUCCUUCUCCAAGGCCUUCCUUAUACCAAGAGUGGUAUCAUCUUUCAGAACAUUUCUAAUGAUUUGAUCAUUCAAGCUCAUCUUGAUAAGACUUCUAAACCGCUUAUCUUUGAUAACUUUCUUAGGAUUAACUUCAGACUUUGUACCAUCUUCCUCCUUGCUAGGAUCAUCUGUCUUGAUAAUUUCUUCCUCAAGAACUGAGUCCAAACCGAGAAUCUCCAAUGCGCAUAAGAUCUUAUGCGUCCAAAUACCGAAGUCUUCUUGUCCAUCAAACUUUUACACUUCAAAUCCUUUUUGUGUUGGCUCCAUCACUAACCUUCUGUAUCUUGAUAUUCAACUUGUAGGAUACAUUCUGAAAGCUGAAGAACCCUUAGCAGAUCCAGAACCAUGAACCAUGUGAAAAGUAACCAAUCGAUCUUGCGGAACCUUCAAAGCGAACAACACACACGGAUUAACCAGAUAAGUUUUGAACCUUGACCUGAUCUCUCUUCUUGCUUGCUUCGACCUUCAAAAUAUCGAUCUUGCUUCUCGAAGUGAUCUGAAUGAGAACUUGAGAUGAUGAGUUGAUACAAUAACCAGCGCUCUAAUAUCUCGUUUUGCGUUUGAUCAUUGUAUCUUAUUGAUUUGUUUGAUUCGUUUCUAGAAAGAAAAUGGCCCAGUUCACAGAUCCUUUUGUUACAUCUGGGGAGGCUCGUGUCCCAAUCCACUAUCAAUCACUGAGAAUAAGCCUCCGCAGUGGUUACAAUUCACUAAGCUUCUAUCUUCUUUGUGUUUACAGGUUACAAAGAAUAUAUACAAGUGAAUACAAGAGAUAAGAUGACCUAAGAGCUCUCCGGUGAUCUCCGACUUCACACGACGAGGGAACAAGCUUUUCUCCUUCAUUAAUCUCUUUUUUCUCUCUUGCUGCUCUAUUUUCUGUUGUAAAUGUAACUAACUUGGCUUUGUCUUGUUGUAGAUACAUCGAAGACAAUGGCAUAAUGUCAUCACGUUUUUCGGUCCAGCAACUUCUGAAACCCAUCAGAACUAUAACCAAUCUUGGAUAGUGAACAGUCCAAUAGAAACGGCCCAAAAGAGUGAAAAAUACAAACUCAACGACAGUGUGAUAUAUACCGUGUGAGUAGAGCACAUUGUCAAUACAAUACAAUAAUAUCGUACUACAUCCAAAGGGUUAUAUUUAAAAUGCAAAGAAAAGUUGACCGGUGGGUUUGUGGGCUAGGUCUCUAGCUUGAAGCCCAAAUAUUUUUCUUUGGUUUCUGCAAAAUUAUAAUUUUAAAAUAAUUAAUGCUCGAAAUUUUAAAAUAUAGUAUAAAAAGUUGCCUUCAACCAUUGAUUAAUAUAAGGAAUUUGGUUCGAAGAAGCAACACAAUUGACAAUUGAUGCUUCCCUAACAGACAGAUAAUUUUAUUUAAAACGAAAACAUAGCCCAACCAAUGACAAUAAUUAGGUAACAAAUAAUAUAAUAAGAUCAUAAAAAAUGAGAUAUACGUGCAACUCCCUAAUAUUACAAAUGUAAGUCAAUACGUUACUGAGUGGUUCCCACUAAUUCUUAAUUUUCUCUUUUUUUUUCUUCUCUUAGUUUUGUCAUUUUCUACAUUUCAACAAUGUAAUAUUAGUAGAAAAUUAAAAUAAUUCAUAGUAGAUAACUUAAAACAAUUUAUAUUUAUAGACAAAUUUAUGAUCAAUUUAAACUCAAAGAACUCAGAAAAACCAGAGUCUUGCAUUAGCAUUUAUUGAUUGGAGCCAUUAAAUCUUUAUAAUUCUCGUGAGCUUGAGCGGACAUAAAAUUCCGAAACGGUAACAUCUCUGUUUCUUGAUUUUGUUCUUCUCCGAGUCAAAAAAAAAAAAGGUUCUUGUCCGAGUCAGGAUGAGUCAGCUUGGCGACCUACUUAGAGAAUCGGCGGAUGAAACCGGAAGUGGAAGGACGAUGAUGCUGGGUUUACUCGAGGAAGAUCGAAUCGACGGUGAAGAUCGAGCGACGAGCAAGUGGAGUACGCUCAAACAACGGCUGAGAUUUGAUUGGGUUGGCUGUUGCGGUGGACCCACCUUGCUGCGUCUCAGAGGAUCAGAAGCACCAGUCGCCGAGGAAGACGAAGAUGAUGAGGAGGAGGAGGAACACUCGGGUCAAAACCGGGUCAUUGACUUGUCGAAUUCGGUUCCGGAUCCGGGUUUGGUUGCGGAGACGGAGUGUUUAACACGAGGCACAAGGAAUCUCGCGGAGGCUCUUGCGGAGGAGAGACUAGCGCGGGGCGAGAACGUGACGGAGGCUUCGGUUGCUAAGGUACCGUUGAUGAAAUUGCUUGCGGAAACGGAGGGUUGCGAUGCGACCACGUGGACGGGUGCUGAUCCUUUGUGUUGCGUGUGUAUGGGAAGGGAGAAAGGCGCGGCGUUUAUCCCAUGUGGGCAUACGUAUUGUAGAGUGUGUUCAAGAGAGAUUUGGAUGAACCGUGGAUCGUGUCCACUUUGUAACCGUUCCAUAUUUGACGUUCUUGAUCUUUACUGAAAAAAAUACAUUGAUGUAUUGUUUAUGAUCUGAUUGACGAUAAAGUUCAGGUUCUUUGUGCAUAUUUUGAUUGUAGUUUCAAGAAAAAAAGAUGAUGUAUUGGUGGGUCAUAAACAUAGUGGUAAGAAAAUAAUUUGUGUUGGAC